GGAAGUUUUAUAAGCCAAGGUGUGUACUCAGUUGCUACACCUUUUCACCCUUUUGGUGGUGCUGUUGAUGUGAUUGUUGUUCAGCAGCAAGAUGGUACAUUUAGAAGCACACCUUGGUAUGUUAGGUUUGGUAAAUUUCAAGGUGUUCUUAAAGGCGCUGAAAAAGUUGUUAGAAUAAGUGUUAAUGGCGUUGAGUCUAAUUUCCAUAUGUAUCUCGACAAUUCUGGUGAGGCAUAUUUUGUGAAGGAGGUUGAUGAGGAUAAAGGGGUUGAUCAUGAUUCUAGUAAUAAAAGUGAUAGUUUUUUGAGUAAUGGUCAUAGACUUGAUCAUAGUAUAUCGGAUUCUGGGGUGCUUCGGUUGAAAGAUGAAGUUGAUUCGCCGGUUGGGCCUCGAAUUCAAAGGACAGAAUCUGAUGGGAGAUAUUAUGAAUUUCAAGAUUCUUUUGAUGAUUCGGUUGAUUUCUCAGAAUUCGGGUCUAAUUCGUAUGAGAGUCUAGAGGGAGAGAAUUUCGUGGACUCUCAGGGUUCACAUCCUGAGAUGGUGUUGGUGAGUGUUGAUGGUCAUAUAUUGACGGCUCCUAUCUCAGAAUCGGAGCAGAAUGCGGAAAAUGUGCAGUUAAGGAAUCCUCAAUUUCAUCUCGGCCCGGCUGAAGAGACUGACUUAUGUGAAGGCAAUGGCGAGUUUAGUUCUGGUGAAAAUUCUUGGGCUGCUGAUUAUAUUAGCCAGCUCAAUGUUUCAACCGGUGAUGUCCAACCCAAACGACGCGACAGUAAUGUUGAUGAUAAUACUAAUACCUAUGUGGCACCACUUGAAGUUUUUCAAGGAGAGGAGGUAAAUAUCUGUCAAUCACAGGAAACCCUUGAGGUCGAAAUUCAAGAAGAUCUUCAUGUGAAAACUGAUUCAGAAGGGGUUGCACCUGGUAUCAAGAAGGAGAGAGUUUUCAAAAGCUGUUUAGAGCUACAGGAACUUGCACAGCAGGCUGGAAAUGCCGACUUACAUGAUGCUGGUUCACCACUGAAGGUUCAAAAUUCAGGAGAUAAAUCUAAUGCAAGUAGUCCUUUAGUUAACGGAAACGAACAAGAGAGCAUUGUACAAUAUGAGAACAUUGACGAGUUAUCCUCUCCAAGUAGUCCUGUCGUUGACAAAAACAAACAAGAGAGCACUGUACAAUCUGAAAACAUUGACGAAUUAUCCUCUCCAAGUAGUCUUACUUCUUCUGGUGGCCAUAAAUCUCCGAAGUCGGAAUUAGGACUUCAAGAUCAAGAAGUUGAGAAAGAUGCAUCAAAAGAAGUCGAAUCUGCUUCCAGCUCUCCUUCUAUUACUGUUGAUACUGAACAGUAUUACGAACAAGAUCACAUGUCGGUAUCAAAUCAUCAAACCACUUCACUUGAAGAUAGUAACAAUAUUAAUGCUAGUGAGGUGGUGGAAACUAAAGCCGAAACUUCAAGUAAAGGUGGCCAAACCCGUUACGGUUUGGGAUUUGAGAUUUCUCUAUGUGGUCACGAACUUAAAGCGGGUAUGGGUUUGGUAGCUGCUGCUGGAGUCUUUGAAGCACAUCGUAUAUCGGCGGAGGGUUUUAAAAAUUCUGCACCAUCAAUAAUUAAGAAUCAAAAUCUUGUUAUCAAGUUUAAAGAAAUGUACUUGACGUGGGAAAAGGCUGCUCCUCUUGUUCUUGGAAUGGCUGCAUUUGGCUCCGAUUUACCUGUCGAGCCUAAAGAUGCAAUUCCAGUGGAACAGGAUUACACAUUGAAGUCCAGGGAUGAGGAUCAAGGAUCAUCCUCGUCUGGACGAAGAUGGAGACUUUGGCCUAUUCCUUUUCGAAGGGUCAAGACAAUUGAGCACACUUAUAGCAACAUAUCGACUGAGGAGAUAUUUCUAGAUUCUGAGUCGGGUACUCUUGUAGAACCAACUGAAACAUCUAGCACUCAGGGAUCUCCACAAAAGCAAUUUGUAAGGACGAAUGUUCCUACCAACGAACAGAUAGCAUCCUUGAACCUUAAAGAUGGUCAAAAUACAGUAACCUUCAGUUUCUCCACAAGGGUUCUAGGAACACAACAGGUUGAUGCUCAUAUAUACUUAUGGAAAUGGAAUGCAAGAAUCGUAAUUUCAGACGUUGAUGGAACCAUUACAAAGUCUGAUGUUUUGGGACAGUUCAUGCCUUUAGUUGGCAAAGAUUGGACACAAUCUGGGGUGGCAAGGCUUUUCUCUGCCAUUAAGGAAAACGGAUACCAGCUGCUGUUUCUGAGUGCGCGUGCAAUUGUCCAGGCAUAUCUAACCAGGAACUUCCUACUUAACCUGAAACAGGAUGGAAAAACCUUACCUAAUGGACCUGUUGUUAUUUCUCCUGAUGGAUUAUUUCCUUCACUUUUCCGAGAAGUGAUAAGAAGAGCACCUCAUGAGUUCAAGAUUGCUUGUCUAGAGGAUAUCAAAAGACUUUUCCCUUCUGAUUAUAAUCCAUUCUAUGCGGGGUUUGGCAAUAGAGACACAGAUGAACUUAGUUACAGGAAGAUUGGAAUCCCAAAGGGAAAGAUAUUCAUUAUUAACCCUAAGGGUGAGGUGGCUAUUAGUCAACGUAUUGGUGCAAAGUCGUAUACAUCGUUACAUACCCUUGUCAAUGACAUGUUUCCACCUACUUCAUUGGUUGAGCAGGAGGACUUCAAUUCAUGGAAUUAUUGGAGAAUGCCAUUACCAGAUGUUGACUAAAUUCUCGGUUAAGUUAUUUACUUCCCUUUGACAUUAAUCCGUUCAUAUGGAACCAUCCAACAUGUCAAAUGAAAAACCACACAAUCCGCCAAUGUGACCCACUUACUGUGAGAGUACCUUCUAUCCGAAAAAUCGUUGAUGGGCAUGUAAGUUCUCCAAGGACAUAAUUCAUUAUGAUGGCCAUGCCCUUGUUUUUCUCCUUCGUUUUAUCUACAUUAAAUCAUUCAUUUCUACCAUUCUACUCAUCAACAGAAUUGUGUAACAUUUGACUUACAUGGUAUCUUCCACAUCUUGUAUAUUUUUCAUUGAGUUAUUAUUAUCAGGAAAUAAUGGCAUACAUCAAUACAUGAUUAUCAAUGUAACUGUCGAAGUAUUAGAGAAUGUAUUUCAAUUUCCAUGCCAUGAUAUGCAAUGCAACUAUCAAGUCUUAGUCUUAACGUGGUGUUUAUGUUUA